AUGGCUCCACCAGACCCAACGCUGAUGGUCCUACCUGCUACUAUCCAACCAAUUAUUGUCGUUUCCAUUAGCGACCUACACACGAUCCCAUUAUCCGGGGUACACAUACCCUAUGGGGACAUCCUGAUUGUUGCCGGUGAUCUUUCCGAAGGCCGUCCAGCACAGCUCAUGCAGCGCCUGUCUGAACUGCUCGUUCUCCCCCACACAUUCAAGGUAGUUAUUGGGGGUAACCAUGACCGUGCCCUUGACCCUAAGUGCGAUGCCCGUGACGCCGCAAUAUAUAACGACCUCUACGAGCGUCAGCAGUGCCGUGCAGCCUUCCGAGAAGCCAGGGAGUCCGGAGUCAUCUAUCUCGAAGAUGAGAGCACAGAUGUCACAAUUGCCGGACGUGCAUUCAAGAUUUUCGGAUCACCUAAAUCAUUGGCCAGAUCGACCAAUACUGCUUUUGGAUAUUCGGAGGAUGAUAGCUUCUCGGUGUGGAAUAUUAUUCCUGCUGGCGUUGACAUUCUCGUGACCCAUGGGCCUCCCGCAGGGUACCUUUCUGAUGACGAGAAUGGAUGUGAUGGGUUGCUGAACGCGCUUUGGAGGGUCCGCCCGAUGCUUCAUGUCUUUGGGCAUGUGCACGCUUCGUAUGGGACAACAAAGCUCAGUCCUGAUGAUAUGCAAGUGUCUGAAGCCCAACGUCUUGGGAGAUUUUUGGAGGCCCGAAAUCGGCGGAAGCUACGUGAGGCAGAAUCCAGGGGCCGAUAUAUUCCGCCGCACCUUCGCCGCAAGAUGUUAGGUGGGUCCGUCGCUGCCACGUCUCGACAGGUCUCCACCGGUUUUCCAGCAGGGGCUCCGGUUGAGGUGCCUGUUUUAGUUCAAGGACAAACGAGACUUAUUAAUGCUGCUAUUAAGACGCCGGGCACACCGAGGGGAGCAAUUGUGACCAAGAUACUGCGCUAA